AUGAAAUUUUUAUCUAUUGCUACCGCGGCCUUACUCGUCGUUAUUUCAGCUUCACUUCACAUCACUGAUGAAUUUGGUAUCUUUCAAGAUGGAGCCAGACUCCCUGUUUUAAACUCGAAAUUUGGCAUGUCAUGUCAAUCAAAUACACUUUAUAACGUGAGGCAAAUAGAAAGAUUUGCCAGAAUGGCGUAUAAAGGAAUCCAAAAUGGUGGCUCUGGAGUGGAAAGUUGUACCUUUGCCCCAUUUCCCAACGAAGUGUUUUACGCUUACUAUAUUGGAAAAAGUUACGCGCAAGCUACUGGUUACGCCGAAAAUUAUAUUAUUAUCAAUUUUGUAGGGCAUUUUUAUGCCGGAUUUUACCAAUACCAAAGCGGGGGGGAAACAGUUAGUAAAUUGUGUCAGUUUGACUGGGACACCCAAUUCCAUAGCAUUGGUUACAAUUGA